GAGGAUUUCAAAUAGGUUAAAGAUUAGCAGACGAAUUUACUUUAAAAUAAAAUGGAAAAGCAAAUUAAGAUUUGAAGGAAAUAGCGAGAAGUUUUGCAAAUGUUUAUUUUUUUUGAAAAAUAAAAUAUUUAUUUAAUUAAGGAUGCUUUAUAAAUAUUUACAGGAAUAAGGGCUGAUAUUGAAGAUUUUAGAACCGAAGGAAAAGAUAUUAUGUUUAAUAUGGUUAUGAAUACAAAACCACUCGCCGAGUUUGUAGAAAUCCCAGAAUAAUUAAAUGGAUUAUAAUAUAACAAUAUUAUUUGUGGUGUCAUUAAGGGCGCAAUAUAUUAAAUUUUACUUAUUGGUAAAGUUUUUGUUUAUAAAGAUAUUCUUUUAGGGGAUGAAAAAACUAUUAUAAGAGUUGAAGUUAGAAGAGAAAAGUUAAAAGAAGAUGAUUGAAUAUUUAAAUUAUUGUUUAUUUAAAAAUUAA